ACGCCGCCGCCGCCGCCGCGCUGCACGGACCCGCGGCGCCGCGAGAGGCGCCGAGCGAGCUCCGUCCCGGCCCCGGCCCCGGCUCCGGCGAGCUCCCGACGGGACGGCCGCCAGCACCAGAUCUCUGCACCCGCACCGCUCCGCACCGGCACAGCUCCGCGCCGGCACCGCGGCGCGCGGCCGCGGACACCAUGAUGAGCGGCUACGCGGACGGCGAGGAGGACGCGGUGGCGAUGCUGGCCCAUGACGGCGGCGGCAGCAAGGAGCCGGAGCGGGGCAAGGAGGAACUGAGCGCCGAGAAGGGCCCCGAAAAGCCGGACCCGUCGCAGAAGCCCCCCUACUCCUACGUGGCCCUGAUCGCAAUGGCCAUACGGGAGAGCGCCGAGAAGAGGCUCACGCUGUCCGGGAUCUACCAGUACAUCAUCAGCAAGUUCCCUUUCUAUGAGAAGAACAAGAAGGGCUGGCAGAACAGCAUCCGCCACAACCUCAGUCUCAACGAGUGUUUCAUCAAGGUGCCCCGCGAGGGCGGCGGGGAGCGCAAGGGCAACUACUGGACGCUGGACCCCGCCUGCGAGGACAUGUUCGAGAAGGGCAACUACCGCCGGCGGCGGAGGAUGAAGCGGCCCUUCCGGCCGCCCCCGACUCACUUCCAGCCCGGCAAGAGCCUCUUCGGCCCCGACGGCUACGGCUACCUCUCCCCGCCCAAGUACCUGCAGUCCACCUUCAUGAACAACUCGUGGCCGCUGCCGCAGCCCCCCGCGCCCGUGCCCUACGCCUCCUGCCAGAUGUCCGGCGGCAGCGUCAGCCCCGUCAACGUGAAAGGACUCUCGGGCCCUGCCUCCUACGGCCCCUACUCGCGGGUGCAGAGCGUGGCGCUACCCGGCAUGGUGAACUCCUACAACGGCGUGGCCCACCCGCACCACCCGCACGCCCACCACCCGCAGCAGCUGGGCCCGGCCAGCCCCGCGCCUCCCGCCGCCCCGGCCGCGAACGGAGCCGGCCUCCAGUUCGCCUGCGCCCGCCAGCCCGCCGAGCUGUCCGUCAUGCACUGUUCCUACUGGGAGCACGACAGCAAACACGGCGCCCUGCACUCCCGCAUUGACAUCUAGGGAACGGGUCCCCGCCGCCGCCGCGCGACGCCCGCUCCGGCUGCGGACGUCCCUCUCCGUGCCCGCCGCGGCGGGCGGGCGGCUCCCGGCUGGCGCGGUCUGUCCGCCGGUCCGUCUGUGUGUGUGUGUCUGUCUUCGGAGAGGCCUCGGGGUCGGCUUUUUGUCGCUUUAUUUCUGGGGGCGCGGGGGACGCGGUGACGGCGGGCCGCCGCCUCUCCGAACUCUGCUCCUUUGUGAUUCGGCCUUCAAGCGCUCGGGCUCGGCCUGUGAGCAGCGCGGCCUUCUCGCCGGGCCCGGGUGCCGCCGGCUGAGCUCGGCCUCUUCCUCCCGCUCCUCUUCCUCUUCGGCUGCAAAGCGCGGCGCUGCUGCGGUGCCUUUCCCCGGGCGGCGCCGGGUGGGACUGCGCGGUGGGAUCCGGGGGCCGGGACCGUUCGUGAAGGCUCCGGCCGUGGGAGAUACGGUUUUUAAAGGAGACGAUGUCCUCUGAGGUCUUACAAGAAAUUUUAUGUAGGUCUAAAAAAAUAUAUUUUGAUGUUAUAAAAAAAAAAAAAGACGGUUUCCUAUGAAAUUUGACUAUUUCUCCGUGCUCAUAGUAUAAUUGAUAAUGAAAGUUUAAACUAGCUCCGUAUUUUUGUCCCCAAACCUGGCCCGAAAGGGAUUUCGGUAGGUUCUGCUUUGAGUGCUCGCCCUUUUUCUUAAAACGUUUUGAUCCUUCGAUUUUACAUAGAUGAAUGUGAAAAGAAAUAGCGUGUAUAACACAGGGGCCAGUUCUUAGCGAUUGUGUAAGCGUUUCUGUAAGCUGAUAGAUGCUGUGGCGUAGUACCGUUUUGGGACCAACUUCUCUAGAGUGGCCUAGCACUGUUAAUGUACUUUCUAGCCUUGUAAGGUCUCCAAUAAAUGCCUUUCUCUUAA